CUCUCAGCCUCAUUAAAACUGUUCAUUUGUUCAGUCCUGUGGACCUAUCCAGCAUGUCAAACGCUGACAGAGUUGUGUUAGCUCUCGGUGGAGCAGGAACAGUGGGCUCUGGAAUAGUUAAAGCACUCCUUGACAAAGGUUUCAAGGUGGUGGUCAUCUCCAGAGACAACAGCAGGUUGGAUAAACUCAGGGGGUUUGUUUCUCCCGCCACCAGAGACAACCUCACUACUCUAGUGGGGAAUGUUGGUUCAGAGGAGGGGGCAGAGGUGGUCAAGCAGGCCCUUCUGAAGUCUGUUGGCAAGGUGACAGACAUUGUGUCAUCUCUGGGUUUCAGCUGGUGGCAGGGUGGACCUCCACAUAGCCAGACUCUGAAAGAACUACACUGGGUGAUUGAGACAUUGCUGUUCAGCACCUUUGUAUCAUGGAAGGUCUUCUUUCCACUGGUGAGAGAUGACCCCAACUGCACCUACACCUUUAUCACAGGUGGUGCUGGGGAGAAGCUGCUGAUGCCAGGUACAGGGUUCCUGACUGUUGGCGCUGCCAGCACCCUGGCAUUUUGUCAGGUAUUACGAGAGGAGUACCCAGAAGUGCCCUGCAAACUCAACCAGGUAAAGAUCAACACAGGUGUGGCCCCUCCAGAGCGCGUGGCUCCUGGUUACCUGAACCACCUGGACCUUGGUGAGGCCGUGGCCACAUUGGUGGAGAGAAAGAACACCACCCACACAGUGUUCCCUGUCAACUGCCCGGCGGACUUAAAAAACGUCAUUCUAGAAGGCGCCCUCCACCCACCCCUUGCCCUCCCCUCUAUCUGGGUCCAAUUAUCUGGGAUGGCACAUCCUUAAAUAAACAAUGCAGGGGAUUGGGAGGUCCCCCGGAGGUAAAGAAAUAUCACAGAGUGCAUUGUUGUCUUUGUCUACUGUUCUGUUAAUGGCAUGCAUGCU